AUGAUUUUUAAAAUAACUGAGGAAUCUAACAUAAAUAGACCUCGAUAAAUUGAAAGUUUAUCUAAAAUUUCGCCAACAUCUAAAAGAAAUAGAAAAACUGAACUUUUAUAUAUGAGUAAAAUGAAUGCUUUUAGUCAAUUGAAAAAUUAUUAAAUUGAUUAUUUUUAAAGAUCAAUUAAAAGUGUAGAAUUCCUAAGGGGAGAUUUAAUUUUUUAAGAAGGAUAAAAAUGCGAUGCUAUAUAUGUGAUCAAAUAAGGAGAAAUAGAAAUAUUUAAAAAGAAACCUUUAAUCAACAGAUUGAAAUAAAUUACUAAUUAAAUAAAAAAAAGUUUGUUCAUCAAAUGAUUAAAGGUCUUGGAGAAUAGACUGCCUUUGGA